UUGUAAGUCGCUUUGGAUAAAAGCGUCAGCUAAAUGCAAUGUGAUGUAAUGGAAUGUCUAACUCAGUGUUUGUGGUGCAGAGGCCGGUGUCUCCCAGCAGGAGGCGCUGCAGGUGCUGCAGGCAGUGAGGGGAGGAGCUUCAAGUUAGGGGAGGCGCUUCGAGGGGGAGGGAAGUGGGAGGAGGAGGAGCGUCAAGUGGGAGGAGCUUCAGUAGGACCUCCCCCCUCCCUCACUGCGCUGCAGCUGCUUCAGGAGGAACAGUCGCAGCGCAGCAUCUUCAGCUUCUGCUCACAGCUGGACGCCACGCUGGGGGGGGGACUUCCUGUCGGGAAGACCACCGAGAUCUGUGGAGCGCCGGGAACCGGGAAGACACAACUGUGGUGAGUAGUUCUGUAGGUAAUGUAGUUCUGUAGGUAAUGUAGUUCUGUAGGUAAUGUAGGUAAUGUAGUUCUGUAGGUAAUG